AUGGCUCCUAGCUUUGACAAGCUCUCCGAGCACGACUUCGAGGAUGAUCUCGAGAACAUUGACUUCAGCGACCUCAAGGAACGAUAUGAUGUGCGAAUGGAAGAGGGGCUUGAUACCUUUGUCGUCGUCGAUGGUUUGCCCAUUGUAUCCGAAGAGCAGAAACCGAAACUCGUUAAAUUCUUACUGAAGAGGUUAAACUCGGUGGGGAGGAUAAAGGAUGGCGAAGAGUCGAUUUUCAUGCCCAUGAACGAACAGGGAAUGUCUGAAGGAUUUGCAUUUGUCGAAUAUUCGACUCCGGAGCAGGCGAUCGCGGCUACCAAGCAACUCCAUGGAACAGCGCUCGACAGGAGACAUACCAUAGCGGUGAACAAACUCACAGACAUCGAAAAAUAUGGAAGAGAGGGAAGGAUUGACGAAGAUUUUGUUCCCCCCGCAACCGAACCGUUCCAGGAGGAAGAACAUCUUCGGUCCUGGCUCUUCGACCCUGCUGCUCGGGAUCAGUUCGCAAUGUUUCGCGGUGACAAUGUUGGCGUGUUCUGGAACAACAAGAAAGGAUCCCCUGAGCCUGUUGUUGAUCGCAAACACUGGACACAACUGUUUGUCUCAUGGUCGCCACAAGGGACGUAUCUUGCUUCUAUCCAUCAGCAGGGGGUUCAACUCUGGGGUGGUCCGUCUUUCAAGCGAAUCCGACAGUUUCCCCAUCCAUUUGUUAGCUUGGUCGAAUUCUCUCCUGGUGAAAAGUAUCUGACAACCUGGUCAAACCAACCUAUUACCGUGGAGGAGGGGAAAGGCCCUCUGACAAUUGAUGAAGAAGGCAAGCACAUAGUUAUCUGGGACAUUGCCACUGGCAAGCCUCUCAGAUCAUUUGUGGCUCAUGACCUUACACCUCCUCCUGGGGCUGAUGCCAGCGCAAUCCCUCCCAAAGCCAAAGUUCAAUGGCCAGCUUUCAAAUGGUCCGCCGACGAAAAAUACGUGGCCAGAAUGAAACCGCAUGAGAGUCUUUCAAUCUACGAGCUUCCCCGGAUGAAUAUGCUGGAUAAGGCCUCGAUAAAGAUCGAAGGGAUCAUGGAAUUCGAAUGGGCUCCGGCUAUAACCCAAAGAGAAGGGGUCAAGACCUACGAGUCGCUGCUCACUUUCUGGACACCUGAAAUUGGUUCAAAUCCAGCCAAAGUCGCAUUGAUGUCCAUUCCCAGCAAAGAGAUUGUCCGAACACGAAACCUCUUCAAUGUCACCGAUGCGAAACUUCAUUGGCAAUCUGAGGCAAAGUUCAUUUGUGUCAAGGUGGAUAGACACUCCAAGUCCAAGAAAUCCCUAGCGACGAACCUUGAAAUCUUUCGCAUCAAAGAGAAGGGGGUACCUGUUGAAGUUGUUGACAGUCUCAAGGACACUGUCAUCAAUUUCGCAUGGGAACCAAAAGGUGAUCGGUUCGUCAUUAUUACUGCAGGUGAAGCCGUUGCUGGCUCAAACACUUUCCCCAAAACAGCUGUGGCAUUCUUCGCCCCUGAAAAGAUCAAGGGUGCAGGGACCGGUGCCUUCAAGCACGCCCGCACUUUCGACAAGAAGAACAGCAAUGGCAUCUAUUGGUCGCCGAAAGGUCGUUUUGUGGCCAUUGCCACCGUCAGUGUCCAGCAGCACUCCGAUAUUGACUUCUACGAUCUCGACUACGAGGGCGAGAAGCCCGAGAGUGAAGCUCAUCUGGCUGCUAACGUGAUGCUUAUGAAUACUGAGGACCAUUACGGCAUGACGGAUGUCGAGUGGGAUCCUACAGGCAGAUACGUUGUCACAAGUGCCAGUUCGUGGACACACCAGAUGGAAAACGGCUACCGGCUUUGGACCUUCUACGGCAAACUCCUCUACGAUGCACCAACAGAAAAAUUCAAGCAGCUGAUCUGGCGCCCUCGGCCGCCGACUGUGUUGUCCAAGGAGGAGCAGCGCACCAUCCGGCGGAACCUCCGCGAGUAUUCAAAGGAGUUUGACGAAUUGGACAAGGAAUUGGAGGAGGGCGCAAACCAAGCCGUCAUCGAUACCCGACGGAGACUCUACCAGGAGUGGUACAGCUGGGUGGCAGAGGAGAAGGAACUACUCAGACAAGAGCGGGAAGAGCUGGGCCUUCCGGACCCGGAGACCGAGCUGAAGCUCAUACGUACGCGCAGCGCUGAGGCGGACGGCGUGAAGGUGGUUGAGGAGGUGGUCGAAGAGGUCAUCGAGGAGACCGAGGAAAUUGUGCAGUGA